UAGGACAUUAGAAAAGAUCCUGAGCCCAAAAGGUUGGAUUAAGAUCUUCACUUCUUCAACAGCUGAGGAAAAGAAGAAUACAAGUUAAGGCAGCACAGGAAAGGUCUUACUGCAUUUUGCAUCUUAACAUUGGGAGAGGAACUGUAUGUUACAGCAAGUUUGUAACGGAUUCUGAGGGAAUGGUGGAAAGAUUGUUUUUAUCAUCAAGAGUGACAAGCAUAUUCAAGAAAUUGUGUAGAGGAGUCCUAAGGACAAAAGGAAAGGAGAUCUAUCUGGUGGCAGAAUGAAAAGAUUACACAACCUUGAGAGAAGUGUUCACUCUUACAGGACAUGAAUGUAAGAAUCUGUUUUGAACUGAAAAGUCAAUAUAAGAGAUUUUGGAACAAAUAGGAGAAAAUCAACAGGAUCUAAUUAUAAGGAUCCGAUAGUAUUUCUCUAAAUAGAAUUCAAUGGGGAAAUUGCUGAUGAUUAACUCUGAUAUCAAGUUUAAUGCUUAUGAACUUGCUGCCAAGAAGAGAGCAAACUCUAGUGGUGUCUUUUGUGAUGUGGACAUCUGCCCACUAAAUCUGGAUAAGCCCACCAACAUGUUCCAUUGUGUAUCCCAUGUUCCCAGUCCCUUGAUGAAGCAGCUCAACUCUUCCUGCAGCGCCCUGGAGAGGCAUCAGGCUCUAUCGCAGCCAGAAUUCACUAUCAACUUGAAACACAGAGGAGCAUCCAAGCCCAUGAUUAAGUCUAUUUCUGUCCUGCUCAACACUUUCAUGCAAAGGCACCUGCUAGCUUUCUUGACUGUAAUGAAAUCUGAACAAGGGCUUAAAGAACCAAUAGUCCAAGUGUUGCAUCAAACUGAGAUGAAUUUGUGGUUUGGUGUCCUGUGCUCAGCUGCUCGUCUCUCCUCACCCUCUUCAGCAAAAGCUGAAAUCUUGGACUGUGGAGCACAACUCAUUAGUCAUUCCUUGUGGCUCAAUAUCACCUUCAGCAUGAUCCAAACCACAAAUGAAGCAGAUAACACGUAUCUGUGGAUUCAGGUUUCAGGCUGCUUUCCUCCUCUUGUUCCUGGAGAGGAGCAUUUGGAAGCUGUCCUUCAGAGCUACAUGGAAGCACUUUCAGAGCAGCACAGAGAAACCACUGGAAGCUGAAGAAGGUCAGACCUUGACUGUGUUGUUAAAACAGAGGGACAAAUUGGCAUCCAUAUAUCAGAUCUGCAUUGCCUCCCCUGAGCAUUUUUCCAAGAAUCUGAACAAAUGCAGAAGAUGAUAGGGUACUGCUGGAUCAUU